AUGUCGUUGAUGAUGGUGAUAAUCAUGAUAUCCCCUGCUGCCGCUGCAGAUGAUAAUGAUGAGGAUGAUGAUGUCGUUGAUGAUGGUGAUAAUCAUGAUAUCCCCUGCUGCUGCUGCAGAUGAUCAUGAAGAUGAUGAUGAUCUUGAUGAUGUUGUUGUUGAUGAUGAUGACGAUGAUGAUUGUAACAGCUUUUCAGACUACGUAAAGUGAGUCAUUUUCCGUUACAAACCCUGUGAAUUUCUUUAUCACACCCGUUAAACAGUCUUAAACAGGGAGGGUGAGUCUACUCCGCACUGAUGCAAAACAGCCCGUCAUAAGAAGAACCAAUGGUAUUGCUGAAAAAAGCGUCGCUUUGCCUCCCCAUUAUCAGUUUAUUUUGUUCACACUGUCGCACUUUCACCAAACCGAGUAAAAGUGAGCCCAAUUGAUCUCAGUAAAAGUUUACAUAGGAAAAAAAAGUUAAACCCCCGUCGCGUAUCUACGUCCCAAGACCUUGAUUUUUAGUAAUCCUGCUUUGUUAUUUCUCUAAGAAAGACAGUGAAAUCUACUUGUGGUCGGGUUAGCUUUUAGAACGAAGCUAGGACGCCUUUCUUAAACAAAACCGUGGCAUGUACAGUUCCCAAUGGCAUGCUUAAUGAUAAAAGUGUACUUUGCAGUAUAUUGUAAAAGAGUAACCUAGACCUUUUGAGUACUUUUAAAGAGCAUGCACCUUUAGACUAUACAUAGGGUUUCACUCAUUUUGUGAAAACCGCAUUAUAUGUCAACCUGUUUAAUAGAAUGUUAUAACUCUAUUGUCUCUAAUGUUUUGUCCAGGUAGAGUACAAAUUGACCACAAAGAGUCGGUUACCAAUUCACCAAUUAUAGUUAAGUGUGACUUUUACAGGCCCCUAUGUUUUUUUGCCGUCUACCUCUGUUACUGUUCUUCUGUCUGUCUGUCGGUCAGUUAUUCUGUCUGUCUCCCGGUCUGUCAGUCUGCCUGUGUCUGUCAAGUCUGUCCUUCAACCUCUCUGUCAGUCUGCCAGACAUUCUGUCUGUCUUGCGGUGUUUCUAUCGGUCUGUCUGUCUGUCAAGUCUGUACCUAAGCCUGUCUGUCAGUUAUUCUGUUUGUCUGUCAAGUCUGUCUGUUAGUCCGUUUGUCAGUCAGUCUGUCUGUCUAGCUACCUGUGUGUCAGUUGCUGUCGGCUUCAGUUCUAGCUCUGCAAUCUGCCGCAGUUAUCGAUUAACAGUUUUCUGUUAAUCAGCUGUAUGUUUGAUUGUCUGAUUGUUCGUGGUUUGUCAGUCGGUCUCUCUGUGAAUCCAUGCCAACUGUAUGUCUGUCAGUCUUUUUGUCUGUUUUUCAGUCUGUUUGUCUGUCACGGUAUGUCAGUCUGCAUGUCCACCUAACUGUGUGUCAGUGCUGUCUGCUUCAGUUAUAGUAACCCAAUCCGCAGUUAUCGAUUUACAAUUUUAUGUCAAUCAGUUUUUUUGUCAUCAAGGUAAGGUUUCGUUGUACAGCUGUCGUCUGUGUGAUUGUUCUUUAUUUUUUCGUUCGGUCUCUCCGUCUAUCCGCGCCAAGUGUAUGCCUGUCUAUUCCCUAUACAACUAUGGUAGUUGCUUGCUAUUGUCAUUCUAUCAGUCUGUUCCUACUGCCCGGGUAGGUUUAUUGUUUGAUUGCGACUCUUCAAUUUCUUAGUGCUUGCAUUUUUUUUUAUGGUCAGAAAUGUUUUGAUUAUCACAGACACGGUCAAUGUAGUCAUUUCCAGAGUUGUUCUUCUUGUUAAAAGUCAGUUCAUCAGUCCAGGCUGUGUUAAGAUGAAAAAUUCUGAUCUGAAGUUGAGUAAACUUUCCCCUCUGGAUGUCAGUAUCCAAGACUAUUCAAAGCAGCCAAUCGGCCGUCAGUCAGGCUUCUAAACCUACUAUAUCAACUUUUUUGAUAGUAAAUAAGUAAAAAUAUUUGUCAGCCACAAAACAAAUUUGUUGGUCGCAAAAAUGAAACAGCCCGGCAUUCCAUUAUGACCUAAGGGAUUAAAAGCUCCUGCAUAUGGAUCAUUCGGAAAACAGUUCAGCAUGCGAGUUUGUCAACUUCCUGGGUUGCCAACAACUUAUUAUCAACCCGGGCAAGCAUUUUAGUUCGUCAACUAAAGGUCAGACCAUGAGUCAGCUGACUGGUGGUCAGCAAUCCAUGAGUUCAGUAGUCAAGUCAAUAAGUCAUUCCUUUCCGUUCUCUAGUCAUUUGAAUACUAAGGUCAGACCUUGUGUUAGCUAAGUGGUUAGUCUACAUUCCGUGAGAUCAAUAAGUACGACAGUCGAUUGGUCAUUCUAUAUAUUAAUAUAUUUUUGUAGUUUACAGAGUAAUAUUCAUGAUACGGACUUUUACUUUUCACACGUUUGUCUAGUCCAGUUUAAUGUCACACAAGCUCCGUCAAUGGCAAAGUUACUUGAGGCCGUUUCGUCAUCAGAAGGUCCAUUGUACGUUCUAACCGUUAGAAUACAAAACGAGUCAGUAUGC